AGAGUAGAAAACCAACUCAGAUUCUUCUAUAAAACUUUGAGAGCGUAUUUCUCGUGAGUAGUAGUCCCCCAAAAAAUGCUUUAUAGGGUGGCAGCCUAAGUACCUAUACAACACACACACACACACACUAUGCAAAACCCACCUGCUGUCUGAACAUAAACACCUGGGACCAGCCCCCAUUUCUCCUCCUGAUUCAUAAUUAUAUAUCACACAAAAGAAACAGAAAAAAGAGCCCAUUUUCUUGAUUUUGAGAGGGGAAAAAAAAUCAAGAAUUUUAAGGGAAAAUGAUGUGGGAAGGUGGAGGGUCGCCGGCGACAUCUUCUGCCGGUGGCGGAGGCGGUGGAGCUGCCGUGGGAAGUAGUAGUAGUGGGAGGAGGAAGCCAUCUUGGAGAGAAAGAGAGAAUAAUAGGAGGAGAGAGAGGAGGAGAAGAGCAAUAGCAGCUAAAAUAUAUGCAGGAUUAAGAGCACAGNCUAAAAUAUAUGCAGGAUUAAGAGCACAAGGGAAUUAUAAUUUGCCUAAACACUGUGAUAAUAAUGAAGUUCUUAAAGCUCUUUGUGCUGAAGCUGGUUGGAUCGUUGAACCUGAUGGCACUACUUAUCGCAAGGGAUGCAGCAGGCCAGCUCCAAUGGAGAUUGGAGGCACUUCAGCCAACAUUACGCCAAGUUCUUCACGACAUCCAAGUCCUCCGUCUUCAUACUUUGCUAGCCCAAUUCCAUCUUAUCAACCCAGUCCAACGUCCUCGUCUUUCCCAAGUCCAUCUCGUGGCGAUGCUAACAUGUCAUCACACCCUUUCGCAUUUCUCCAUAAUUCCAUUCCUUCGUCACUACCUCCAUUACGAAUAUCAAACAGCGCCCCUGUAACACCACCUCUUUCAUCACCUACUAGACUCCCUAAGCAGACGUUCAAUUUGGAGACUUUGGCCAGAGAAUCAAUGUCUGCUUUAAAUAUCCCUUUCUUUGCUGCUUCAGCCCCGACAAGCCCGACUCGGGGUCAGCGAUUCACUCCUGCCACUAUACCAGAAUGCGAUGAAUCUGAUUCGUCCACUAUUGAUUCUGGCCAGUGGAUGAGCUUUCAAAAGUAUGCAACCAACGGUGUCCCUACUUCUCCGACUUUUAAUCUUAUUAAACCUGCAGCUCAGAGAAUUCCUUCUAAUGAUAUGAUCAUCGAUAAGGGUAAGAGCAUAGAGUUUGACUUUGAGAAUGUAUCAGUGAGGGCGGCAUGGGAAGGAGAAAAGAUUCAUGAGGUUGGUUUAGAUGAUCUGGAGCUCACUCUCGGAAGUGGGAGCGGUCGCAUGUGAUUUUCUUGACUAAAAUGAAUUGCUUCGCGUGGAUACAGCAUGUGAUUUUCUUGACUAAAAUGAAUUGCUUCGCGUGGAUACAGCAUGUGAUUUUCUUGACUAAAAUGAAUUGCUUCGCGUGGAUACAGCAUGUGAUUUUCUUGACUAAAAUGAAUUGCUUCGCGUGGAUACAGAUUGAGAUUAUCCGGGUUUGCUAUCUGAUGAAGCACUCUGCAGUCCAAUGAAUGUUCAUAUAUCAUCUGCAAUUUCUGUUACAGAGAUGAAGUUGGCCAAAAGUAGAUCUUGCAUUGCAAUGCAUCUUAGGUUGGAUUUGAUUUUCUCUGUUGCUGUUGCUGUUUACCUUAUUAUACAACAUUUUUAUCUUUAUUUUCUUAAUCUGAGAAGGCCUCUUAAAGUUUAUUUGGGUCUUUUCACAAGCAUUUUAGGUGUAGUUGGUGGUUUCUAUCUCCUUGUGGUUGAGAAUCGUUUUCGUCGUUGUAGACUAGCAGGAGCUCUCCACAAACCUGAACUAUCCACAAUUUUUUCUUGAUUAUAGUAGAUGUGUUUGUUGCUGUGCAACUGGAUUCUUCUUUUAUGAUCUAGCUUCAAUUUGAAAUCAAAUUGAUGUACUAUUCUUCA